UUGAGGGCCAAAAUGCUAGAUAAUAAAUCAUAGACACCGUCUCAAACUCAAACUAAACUCCAAUUUAUCAACUUUCUCAAUUGCUACUUAUUACCCAUUCUAUAUCUUUGUACAGAGUUGUUUACUAUCCUAGCUAUUGUUCACAAAAAGAGCCAUAUCAAUAUCCAGUUGCGUAUGACUUUAUAAGUGGAGACCAAAUCACAGCUGGAUUUGAAAAAAGAGCGCAAUUCGAUGAAUUUUAGCAAGCGGGAAUCCGAUGCGCAUUUAUUUUCAGUUUGAUUUGAUAAUUGAAGAGCGCGACAGAUUUCUCAAAUAAACAUUACUGAGGGGAGAUCCAAGUUGUGUUGAAGUACCUUCUAUGGACACAGUUUUAGACACAGUGGACAUUGCGUCACAUUCAUUCAUUGAUAGAUAGAUAAAAAGAUAUCCAUUAUUGUCAUAUAUCUAUUCUGUUUACCAUUUUGUCACACUAUUUGCCUGUCGAUUAAUUAUCACAUUUGCGCUGAUAUUGAGUAGCGCCAUUCAUUGACAAUAAUGAGCAAAUAUCGAAACAAAUCCAAUUUCGUUUUAUUCAAUAGUUGCCAAUAGAAAUACAAAUUUAAAAAAAAAGUUUCGAGGAUCUUUCACUGUUCGUAACAAUCUUUCCGUAUUUUUUUAAGAAAAAAUUUGAUUUCAAUAAAAUUUCAAUAAGUUUGUUGAUGUUUUGAUUCUUGUUAUUUUCAAACCACAUCACACAGUUACCUUCAUUAUAUGAUUUUGCACGACUAGAAACUAGCUAGUUGAUUGGACUGAGACAUUUGAAAAGAUUAACAAUUGAAUUACAAAGUGGCAUAAUUAGAUUUGACUCCAUUUGAGGACCUGAAUAAAUCUACCUGAUUCGAUUUACACUCCAGCGGACGCGAUUGAUGCAGGAGAAAUAAUCCAAUUAUUAUCUUUAUCAGUUGCCUGAAAAUCAUACAAACAGAAUCAUUUCUGAAAAAAAAACAAGUUUCCAAAGCUAUUUUAAUUUAUUCAUUUUUUUCACUUCUGAAAAAAAACAAGUUUCCAAAGCUAUUUUAAAUUAUUCCGCAACAAAAACUUAUUUCAAAAUUUUACCUCAAAAUUACGAGAAGUGUGUCAAAAAUUACAAAAUCCCACAUUUUCAGCCUGAAAUAUUCCACCUCUAAAAAGUCACAAAAAAACAAAAAAUCCCUUCCAGUUCCAAUUGUUCCUUUAAAAAUUUAGCAAAAAGUUGGAAUAAAAGACUGAUUUUCCCAGCGGACUAACAGUGUCGUAUAAGUUCUCAUUGCCUAUUUAAAUCGAGUUAUAACAACUAUCAACUUCAAAACUCUUGAGGCUGGACUUGAAAAAUCAAAUUAUAGUCCUCUAAAAAGCCAAAUUAUCCGCCUUUGUUUUCCAAUUAACAAAAACCAAACAUUCUCACAGCCGAAAGUUACACAAGAAAGGUGAAAAGUCAAUAUUUGAUUAUAGCCGGACUUUUAGCAAGAAAAACAACCGAACAAAUUCGGAUAAAAGAAUGUACUUUUUGAAACUGAGAAAUAUUACAAGUUGUUGUAAACAAUUAUUUCGCAAUUUAUAACCAACUAUUUAAAAAUCAGUUUUUAUUAGUAUUGCAUUGCCUCACUUCAGUUUCUCACAAGAUCUUUUUUCUUUUUUCUUCGCGAAUUAUCAAAAAUGAAUUCUCCGAUCAAAUAUCGACGUUGUGGUAAUUUGCAGUUUUGCGCGAUUAUUAUCGUAUUUUUCGAAAUUUUGCUUUCAAAUACAGUUUUCUCUAAACCAUCAUCUCUUGCUCCGACAAAAACAAAUUAUCAAGCCGACUCAACUAGCUUCGCUCAUUCACGACUGGAAACUACUCGAAUUUCUGUUCGCUUGCUGGAUCUCACGCCGGAAGAAUUGAGCGACGAAAUAAAUGGUAAUAAAAACAAUGAAAACAGACGGAAAUCCGAUUACGAAAUAUCCAAAUUACUUUACUACGCCGAAGUCAACGCCGAGAACUUCCGAGAGGUCUGGAAGCGUUUCCAACCCGACAACCACGUGCAAGAUAACAGUCCGUUCUCAACAGCUGUAAUGGACUUCGUUUCUCGCUUUUUGGGCCAUGAAUUGUCACAAUGGCUCGAGUACAUAGCUAUUAUGGAUGAGCGAAUCUCUCAGUAUAUGGGCUUGGGUCUCUACGAUUCUCAGCUUUCGGGAGCAUUUACAUCGGCCGACCAAAAAUACAUAUUGCACCGGAUUUUGAGUUUGGGAGGGGAGUCGGACGCUUUCUCGCAGCGAAGGUCUAUUUGCCAACGAGUAUCCAUGUAUGGCUUUGACCUAGGUCCAUACAUUGAAAAGUACCCCUCACUUAUUUCCUGUGCAACAAUUCGAGAACUUACAGUGUACUUCAAAGGUACCAGAGGUCCUUUUCGAUUCGAGAAAAUUCAAACAAUGUUGUCGAGUUUCGAUGCAGUUCAAAAUGAUUCGUUGGUUCAGCAACUUAACCAGCCUCAUAAUUUUCAUGUGGAGUGGCGGACAUCUGAAUUUCAGCUAGCCGAAUACGAUUUCAUGGAACGCGAAGAGAUUUACCACCGUAAACCAGUUCUGAUUGGGUCCCACGAAUGUCGUUGGGGUCUGUCGUCACAGAUUACACAACUCCCUACGGUGUCAAGAUUCUACAAAAUAAAACCAGAUGCCACUUGGGCGUUGAAACUUCUCACUAGCUACAAAAUCUCUUCUAUUGAUCAUAUUUUGAAACAGUAUGACAUCAUAUAUCGCCAAGAAGGUCAUUUGUGGAGUGCUGUCAAAGAUUUCUUAAGAAUUAUCAAUAAUGAAUUAUGCGGCGAUUUCACAAUCUACCAGAGAUUUCUUGUAGGAAGCGCACUGAAUCAAACAGUUAAGAAAAGCAGCAUCUUGGACAUGACAGGUUGGUCGAAGCAAGAAAAGAAAGACUUUUCUUGUUUCUUGCAAGUUUCAGCUCCUGGAAAUGGGAUCCCUAGAGAGCACAUCGCAGUGAAUCCUAGCCAACAAGCAUUCGACAAAAGGUUUCAAGAUAUAGAGCAUAUUGUAGACAUGGGCCUAACUUUUUCAGGCCAGCACUCAACCUUGGAUUUGAUAUUUGAGGAACUGUUUUACAAUAGCUCUCAAAUUACCACAAGAAAAUCAUCGCAGACAGUUGUGAAUACAAUUCGUGCUGCUUUAAAAGAUGCUUACGGCACCGAGUUUCAAAGCUUAUCGCAACUUGAAGAGCAUCACUUCAAUUCUAUUCCCGGAUUCCUGCUUCGAGAAUUUUGGACAAGUGAAUUUCAAUUCAACAAUCAAAUCUUGGGCGAGAAAGAAACAUGCCGAGAAACCUUCAUCCGAAUCGGAUCGAUUGACAACUCAGAUCUUUCGGCUCUGAAACGAGAAAAAUUAGUUCAAACCUUCCUAAGACAGUGUCCGGGAACUUUUGAGGAUAAUCUAAGAGUUUUGAAUUCUUUGGUAUGCGAUUACAAAUUCCAACCUCAAGAGCUCAGAUCUGAGAAACAACGCAACGCAUGGAUCUCAAGGGCAAGGCAAUGCAAAAUAACCGACGCAGAGUUUGCUGAGAAAGUAUGGCAAGAAGUCUCGUUCAUAACUCCAUCUUUAAAUUCUGUUUUGUUCACAUUAGGUCCGAGCAACUUGUGUUCUGUAGUUCCCAAAACAUAUUGGGACUCUUCAAAAACAAACAUAACGAGUUUUGAUUCUGAUAGACUUGUGUGGACGCUGACUAAAAUUGAUGAUGAAAAUGACAGAGAGAACAAAGAAUGUCUGGAAAUAAUUGUGAAGAAGCUCAGAAAUGACACGAAGAGACCCCGAUUCUGGUUUAACACCAAAGAGAUGCCUUUAUGCCAAGACUUCCUUAUGCUAAAACAACUGAAUAAAUACCUGGAAUCUGAUUGGAUUACCAAAGCAGACACCAAUAGCGAAUGCGUAAACCUGAUUGGCUCAAACCCCUCGUGGUUUACACACGCUCAAUUGGCCGAAUACACCAAAAUGCUAGAAAGGGUUCCUAGAGUUUUCAUCGGUCCUAGAAUUGAUUGGAAACUGGCCAACUUGAUCCCAUAUCUCGAUCAAGGUACUUUGGAAACAGUUUUGAGCGGAAUAAAGUCGGAAACUUCCGAGCGAGAAGAGGUUUUGUCGUUUUUGUCACGACUUCGUUGGCCACCGACAGAAAACUUCAGUAAUAAAGUCGAAUUCAUUUUUGACCUCUUUAAAAACAGCAUAAAAUUAAACCAGCGCGGAGAAAUAGACAUUUCAAAAACGAAGAACAUGCUUUGCUCGCUGCCGUACAAAACACUCAACUCGUACGCUCAAAAGCAAGAAAUUCAAAGUCAGUACUUCUGCACUAAAGAAGGUCAACUAUUUAAAGCGCCCAUUGAAAUUCCUCUGAACCGAUUGCAACAAUUUCCUCUGCUCAUGGAUCCGAGAUUUUCUUGGAUCAAAGACGUGAACGAUCUCAAACAACUUCCGCUGGAACUGUUCCGAAAUCACGUGGAAUAUGUUAUUGAUCACAACUUGAUCAAGAAUUGUUCAACAACUCAACUUGAAGUUGUAGCUCAAAAAUUAUCUGAACUCGCUUUAACGGAUGCUAAAUAUACGUCACAGCUUCAGAAGGUUAAAAUUCUUUUGGAUUCAGGCGAAGAAAUCUUUCCGAGCAAAAAUUCAGGAAAAACUGAAAAUGCAACACUCAUUCCACCUUCAAAUGACACUGAAGAUGUCGGUUUAACAGCAGAAAACGCUUUAAGACAUUCUCAAAUAGUUUAUGUAAUUUUAUCCUCUUCUAAACUACAAAAUGCAUUCCAUUUAAUUAUUUUAACUUUUAUUUUAAAGCUUUUCCUAUUGGACUAGAUAACACAAAUUAAUUUUGUAAAAUGUA